GUCACAUACUGAUAGAGGACACUGAAGCCAUUCAGUAAAACUUCUCAACAGUUUAGUUCAUUUUUGACCCCAGGCUUUAGACAUUUCAACAUGCAGGGAUUGGAAAUUCAUCCAUAACUGAGCAAAUGAAGGCCAAAAGUUUUUGGACACCGGACUGUCGUACCAUAUGUGGUUCUUCCCCAAACUGUUCCCACAAAGUUGGAAGCACACACUUGUAGCCUGUAGAAUGUUUCUGUAUACAGUACUGCAGCAUUACAUUUUCCCUUCACUGGAAUUAAGAGGCCAAACCUGUUCCAGCAUAACAAUGCUCCUGCGCACAAAGCAAGGUGCAUAAAGACAUGGUUUGCCGAGGUUGGAGUGGAAAAAAUCGAGUGGCUUGAGCGCUGACCUCAAACCCACUAAACAUCUUUGGGAUGAACUGGAACACUGACUUCACCCAAGCCCUCCUGGCCUACAGCAGUAUCUGACCUCAGUAACGCUCUUGUGGAUAAAUGGGCAAAUCAUAAAUGCAGAAAGCUUUAAAAUCAAGUAGAAAGCUUUCCCAGAAGAUUGGAGAUUAUUAUUACAACAAAGUGAGGACUAAAUCUGGAGUGGGAUGUUCAAAAAGCACACAUGGGGGUUACGGUCAGGUGUCCACAUACUUUUGGCCAUAUAGUGUAUGUUACAUGGUCUUAUGGGCAGUAGCUUACUUUUAAAAUGGUACUGAGUGCAAUGGCAGAAUGACCUGGUAGACCUUUUUAAAUGUGUUUUACUGUUUUUUUUUUUUUAACUAAACAAUAAACAUGGUUUAGUUUCUGAACAUAUAUGUUUAUGAAAAUAACACUUUGCCAAAAAUAUAAUAGUAAAUUCACAAUCAAAUUCAGGAACAGCACUGAUUUUGUUAAGCAAAAAAGAAUGUUCCCAGAAUGUCUUGUUAUCUCAAAACAACAACAAAAAAAGAAUUGAGCCCACAAUCAUUGUAGGAACGAAAUACUUAAUACAUAGCAUCCAGUGGCCCCACUUAAAUUAUUGCAGGAUUGAAGUGAAGUAUUAUAUUAUCACUCAUCUCCAUGCUUCUAGUUGCCACAAUGGUCAGUUGAUUCAAUUGAUUUCCCAUAGUCUCACUCACUUUAAAAUACAAUAGUUUCCACUUAAGUAUUUCAUGACCACAAAAGAGAUAUCGAGAACCAUAACUUAAUAGCUUUAAUAUAUUACCUUGUGACCGUGAGAAGCUUGACUCGUGGCCUUAGUAUGUUCAUUCGUGGCCACGCCAUAUUAAGAAUAACCAUGUCACAUUUAUAAAACAAAAAACUAAUUUGUGACUGAUGCUAAAAUUCCAUGUCUGUAGGCCAUUUAGCCUAAAAAAAAGGUUUUGGAUUACAUAUAGUAUAUUUCCUAAACUUCAUUUUUUAACAUCCAGAUACCAUGAGGAUGCAAACUUUUAAAUUCAACUGUCUCCAGGCCCACAGGUUAAGUUGUUGAGUAAGAUAAAAACCUAAUUGGAAAUUCUGCCAAUUUUGACCAUGAAAAUUGGGUAAGGCUGUGACAUUGACAUUUAAUGUGCCCUCCACCGGCAGUUUGCUGAUAGUGCAGUGGUAAUAUAUCGGCUGACAUUUUUUUCUAUUAAUACUGCCAGCUUUAACUGGGGUCGACAAUAUCUUGUGACUGGCUGUGCAAUCUCUCAGAAAGGACAUUAGCUUGUUAAAUGGUUUUAUCAGGUUUCUUAUGUAUAGAAAGUUACAAAGUAAAUAAAAAAUGGACUGAAUAGUGGUUGAUUUUAAAUAUAAAAAAAAUAUAAGCCACUUUCUUUGGACAAAAGGUAAUAGAAGAACUUUUUUCAGGCUUUGAGGCAGUUUUCCCCUGUAAAGCCAUUAUAUAUUGUGGAAGGCAGAUUUAUCACUCAGUCCCAUGUCUCAGAAGACGUUUGCCUUCACGUCGGCCACACUGCGCUCUCUGCGGCUGGAACAGGAGCUUCAGGACUGGGAGGAAACACGAAGGGCACUGGCGCACAGGAGGGUAAUGAGUAGGCGGCCACUGCCAGCCGCACCCCGGCUCAGACACGGGACAGAGAGGAUCCAGACAGUACGAGCCCCUCCACCUCAAAUCCACUGCAGAGACCCGGCUGUCCACAACACAUUCAUGUAUGGAGACAUGAGGAGUGUGUACGCUGUACUCAAAGAACCUGGUAUGGUGAAUGCCCUAAUGGAGAUCGUCCAUGAGGAGAUGGUGUGGACUCCAGAAAUGGGAAUGUGGACUCUGUCCUCCAAAGUGAAGCAGACAUCUGCCCUGCACCUGGCUGCCAGCACGGGGCACUAUGGAUGUGUGGAGGAGCUGUUAUUCCGGGGAGCAGAGGUGGAUGCUGACCCUGGGGGUCGAACGGCCCUCCACGAUGCCUGUUCCGGGGGUCACCACUCCUGUGUAAAGCUGUUGCUGGAGCAUGGAGCUGACCCCGAUCUGCUGACAGCCAAUGGUGAUGCGCCCCUUCACCUGUCCAACACUGCUGGGUCCUACGCCUGUACAGAGCUGCUUGUCAGCAUGGGUGCCGAUGUGAACAUGGCCCAGCAUGACACGUGUCUCACUCCACUGCACUUGGCAUGUCGGAGGGGUCUGGAGGAACAUGUGGAACUGCUGCUGCGCUACGGAGCCGACGUGACUGUGCAGAACCGUGAGGGUGAGACGCCUCUGAAUGCUGCAUGCGCCGGAGCUGAGAGGCCAGCUGAGGCUGCGCGAUACCUGGGUGUGGUGCAGAGACUGCUACAAGCUGGAGCACAUGCACAUACAGCAGGCAGGAAGCAGCACACUGCUCUACACAACGCCUGUAGUAACUGCAGCUAUCAAAUUGCCGAUAUGCUUCUGCAGCACGGAGCUCGGGCAGAUGCAGCCAACUGUGCAGGAUACACACCCAUGGACUGCCUGCUGCAGGUGGUAGAGGAUUAUCCAGACCAGCACCCUGAACUAAUCGCUCGUUCGCUUCUCAAUCACGGAGCAAAGCCUCCUUCCACCAGAAUGCUGAAGUCGUGCCUCCUCUCCCCUGCCACUCUGGAAGUGAUGCUAAACUGCUACCCAGUGGUUCCAGACUGUGAGGAUUGGCUACAGGAAGUUCCAGAUGAACUACUGAAGGAGCACAAGUGUUUCUUCGACUCGGUUCGUCGGAUGAGCAGGCAGCCCAGCACACUCCAGCACCUCUGCCGAUGUUCCCUGAGACUAAGUAUGGGUGCACGAUGCCACUCUGCCAUCAAUAAGCUAAACAUCCCAUGUGCACUAAAAGAGUACCUGCUGCUGCCGAUUAAAGGAGAGAUCCAAUGAUACUAAGUGGAAAGGAAAACACAGACAAAACCACGAACUAGCAUGCAAAUAAUAAAUGUUACGAAACCAUAUAGCCAUGAACUGGGUUGUGUUAAAGCUGUUCAAUGACCAUAUGGUGACAAAUGACCAUAAGCAGUUCAAAUGGAAAACAGCACAAUUUCAUUAAUAUCUUUUGUCAUUUUUGCAUGAGUUAUUUUUUUUAUUUGCCAAUAAUACGAUUGUUUUAUUCUAAGACCACUUAUUCAUGGUGCAGCACUUAAUUUUGCUAUUAUUUUAGAGAUUAACAAGCACUGAAUGUGGAACAUCUGCAGGACAAGAUUAUCCCUCUUAUCGUCUCUUGACGAUUUUAGAAGUUUAAAAAAAAACAUUUUUUUUAGCUUGUCAUGUUACUGAAGAUUCCAAAUUACUGAAACUGGAAACUCCAAAAAGCUUUAAAUAUCGGCUUUAUAGAAAACUUCACCAAGAACGUUAUGUUUUUCUUCAUCAAAUAACAACACUUUUUUUUUUUUAUAGAAUUUGUUUUACAAAUUUGUGUGUGUGUGUGUUUAAAUAUUGAACUGUUUGGAACUGAGAUUGAUAUAUAGUUAUUUAAAUUAUAUCAUCAGCAUGGUUUCUAUAGACAAGCACAUAAGCACAGUUUCAUUAGCAUUAAAAGCAUAGUUCAAUCUUGAGCAAGCAUUGCAAUUUUCUGACUGAUUUUCAGUAUUCCAUAAGCACAUUAAACUAAGUCUUACAUUA